AUGUUUAAUACAAAAACAAUACUAUUAUUAUCCUUUUUACUAGCUAUUACAUUUUAAGCUAGAUUAGAUUUUAAUGCACCAGAAUGCAAUAAAUAUUUGGAAAAAUUUGGUACAGCUAACAAUCCUGAUGGUACAGGAGCAUCUAAAAUUGCAUUUACAGGAGAUGUUUCUUUUAUCGCAGGAACUUCAAAUGUUAAAGUUAAUAUUAGAUAUUCAGAUGUUGAACUAUUUAAUGAUGCUACAUAUUUUGGAUUAGUUUAAUAAGAUGGAAAAACUCCUGAAUAAACUUGUUUAGAUAUGAAACUCUAUAAAUAUACUACAGAAACCUAUUCUGAUAAGAGUGAAGUAACUACACUUGAAAUAACAUCAUCCAAUAAUUUUUAGAAGUAAUGGAGAUAUUAUUCAUUUACAAUUAAAGGAGAAGAAUUAAGUACAUAUUUAGUUUAGUCAUCUAACUCAAAUCAAUAUAUAUAUGAUGGAUACUAUGCUAUUGCAUAUUAUGCAGCUGGAACAAAUGAAGUUCAAUAUACAUUCUUCUUUUCAUUUUAAGUCACUAUUGAUAGAUAAUCUGGAAGUUCUAUUGAUACUUCCUUUAAACCUUUGAGUGCUAGAUCUACUAUUGAGUGCACUUUAGAUUAAUGCAAUGCUAAACCAGAUACAAAAAUCAAUUGGUGUAAAGAUUUGAGUUGUUCUGAAACUACCACUCCAAAUCUUCAUUUAAAUGAUUAAUUUGUUUUAUAAUAGGUAAUUACUACCAAAGGAAUGGAGGGAUAUUAUUUGAUAGAGCCUGAAGUUUGGUAUACUGGUGGUGGACUUAAUAAAAAGGCUUAGAUUUUGAGUUCCAAUAAUAAUGUUAAAGGCUAAAUCAUUCUUUAAUUAAAAGCUGAAAUAGCAUGGUCAAAAGUUGUAAUUAAAGUUUAAUCUUUACUUUCUAAUACUGCUACAGGAAGUAGAAGAUUAUUAGCAUAAACAACAUAUGAUACUGUUGCUGGUAAAACUGAUGAAAUUACUUGUAUUAAAGUAGAAGGAGAAAAUAGAUGUGCAACUUGUUCAGAAUAAAAAACUUUAAAUGGAUAUUCAAGUGAUUCAUGCAAAGAUGUGGAAGAAGAAAUAGUAGAUAUUGAGGACUAUUCUAAAUAAAUGGUCAUAGGCUUUGUUUUCUUGUUGGCAAUUAUUUUGUGA